UUUCGUAGUCUUCUCCAAAAUCCAACCAAAGUCUCUUGCAUCCCGCGAAACGCGGAACCAAGAAAUCCCCAUCUCGAAACGUUUCAAACUCUCCAUUUUUUCUCAGAUCAGUCUACAAUUAAACACAGAGGAGAUCCCUGUUUAUUGUGUUUUGGAAUUAGAUCUAAGCAAUGGCGAGGGGUAGAUCGUCGUCGUCGUCAAGCAAAUGGAGGUACUGUAAUCCAUCGUAUUAUCUCAAAAGACCGAAACGCUUAGCUUUGCUUUUCAUUGUCUUUGUUUGCGCCUCUUUCUUCGUCUGGGAUCGUCAGACUCUCGUAAGAGAACACGAGGUGGAGAUUUUGAAAUUAAAUGGGGAAGUGAAUCAGCUAAAAACUAUGUUGGAAGGGUUAAAGAGUGGUGGUGGAGAUGAUGGUAAGUUGAUUAGUGAGAAAAAGGAUGUGCCUGACGAACCCAUUGAUGUUGAGAGAAGACAGAAAGUGAAAGAAGCUAUGAUCCAUGCAUGGAGUUCUUAUGAGAAGUAUGCGUGGGGCCACGACGAGCUUCAACCGCAGUCGAAGAAAGGUAUUGACAGCUUUGGUGGUCUUGGAGCAACUCUAAUAGAUGCUCUUGAUACUCUAUAUAUUAUGGGUUUAGAUGAGCAGUUCCAAAGAGCUAGAGAGUGGGUUGCGAACUCAUUGGAUUUUAACAAGGAUUAUGAUGCUAGCGUGUUUGAGACAACCAUAAGAGUUGUAGGUGGACUGCUUAGUGCAUAUGAUCUUUCAGGGGACAAAGUUUUUCUUGAAAAGGCCAGGGACAUUGCUGACAGAUUGCUGCCUGCAUGGAAUACGCCUACUGGGAUUCCUUACAACACCAUUAACUUGGUACAUGGAAAUGCUCAUAACCCAGGAUGGACUGGUGGUGACAGUAUUCUUGCCGAUUCUGGCACAGAGCAGCUUGAAUUCAUUGCUCUUUCUCAUAGGACAGGAGACCCGAAGUAUCAGCAGAAGGCAGAGAAUGUUAUAGCAGAGCUUAAUAAAACUUUCCCUGACGAUGGUUUGCUUCCAAUCUAUAUUAGUCCUGAUAGAGGAAUUGGAUCAUACUCGACCAUAACUUUUGGGGCAAUGGGUGACAGCUUUUAUGAAUAUUUGCUCAAAGUUUGGAUUCAAGGGAACAAAACUUCAGCUGUGAGAAAUUAUAGAGAAAUGUGGGAGAAAUCAAUGAAAGGUCUCUUAAGCUUGGUUCGGAAGACGACACCAUCAUCUUUCACAUACCUUUGUGAGAAGAAUGGAGACUCACUGUCAGACAAGAUGGAUGAAUUAGCAUGCUUUGCUCCAGGAAUGCUGGCUUUAGGAUCAUCUGGUUAUGGGCCUGACGAGUCUCAGAAAAUCUUCACACUUGCUGAAGAGCUUGCUUGGACUUGCUACAACUUCUACCAAUCAACACCUACAAAAUUGGCUGGGGAGAAUUAUUUUUUUCGUCCUGGGGAGGACAUGAGUGUUGGUACAUCUUGGAACAUAUUGAGACCAGAAACUGUUGAAUCGCUCUUUUACCUGUGGCGUUUUACGGGCAACAGGACUUAUCGAGAGUGGGGUUGGAAUAUAUUCCAAGCAUUUGAAAAGAACUCACGUAUUGAAACAGGCUAUGUUGGACUAAAGGAUGUUAAUACUGGAGUCAAAGACAAUAUGAUGCAAAGUUUCUUUCUGGCCGAGACUCUUAAGUAUCUUUAUCUUCUUUUCUCUCCAUCUUCAGUCAUCUCACUAGAUGAGUGGGUUUUCAACACAGAAGCCCACCCUCUAAAAAUCGUCACACGACAUGAUGGAGAACAUGUUGGACAAUCAAAAAAUAGCCAAACAAGGACACUUGGCAGGAAAGAAGGUCAUUUUGGUUGAUCAUUAAGAUUCAUUGCUGUCCAUGUUCUUCGAUGAAUCCACUCAAUGAUUUGAGGCUUCCAUCUGAUGACAAAACGGAAGAGUUCGUAAUUAUCAAAAUUAGAUUGCAGUGCCCCAUGGAGUGCUGUUCACAUUAGAAAAUAAAGUGGUUCCACAGCUUUUCUCCAUUUCAGGCUGGUAGAAAUGUUGUAUUUUAUGGCGAGGAUGAACACAAUGUUGGGUGUAACAUAGAAAAUAGUUUACUGCUUACUGAUAUUAUUAUUUUAUAGAAAAAACUUUUUUUCUCA